AGUUUCCUCGAAAAGCGGAGUGGCUUUUUGUCAAUACAGUAUAAAAGCUUGUGGCCUGGCCAGUGUUUAUCAUUUUUUGAGCGAUACCGCUUUUAAGAAAAGUCGUUAAAAAUGGAAAUAACGAAGUUUAAUCUAGGUGUAGAAGUUAGAGGUUUCAGACUUACGGAGCAGAAGUUGUUUACGGAAGAGUUGGUCGAGAAAAUUAAAAAAUUGGUUCACGAACAUCGCAUUGUGGUUUUCAGAGACCAGGGCGAAGUGAGCGGAGAAAAACAGGUGGAAAUUAGCAAAUGGUUUGGAAGUAUUGACGGAACCGUGUUCGAGGGAGACCCACUUUUCUCCCAUCCGAAAUGUCCGCAUCCAGAUGUGCAUCGAAUUUCAAACGACCCGGAAGAAGGUUGCACAAACGCCGGGCGUUCCGGUUGGCAUAUUGACGGUAGUUUCGUACAGAAACCUUUCGGAUACGCUUUGUACCACAUGCCAGCUGUGCCGAAAACGGGAGCCACAGAAUUUAUCGGGUUUAAGGAACUGCUCGACAGUAUUCCGGAAGAAAUGCGAGCAAGAUGGGAGCGCCUUUGGAUGGUGUCGGACAAGGGCGAUAAACUUGUUCACCCACUGGUUUACUCUCAUCCAGUCACAGGCGGUCCUGCAAUGUGCAUACAUCUUGGCAUGACAGAGGCUUUCAUUUGGGACAAAGACACAGCAGACGAACGAAGAACUGGUGCAGACGAGACUAAGACGUUGUUGGAAGAAAUCCGAAAAGAGAUUGAAAAAGACGGAAGGCGACUAGUUUAUCCUCAUGAGUGGAAAGAUGGUGACUUUGUUAUAACCGACAACCUGGCUGUCGGCCAUUUUGCCAGUGCUAAUGCUAUAAGACCAAGGUCAGAGGUCGGGCUCCGGAUUCUACAUCGUACAACCAUCAAAGGAAUCAGCAGACCAACAAAGGGAUGAGCUACAAUACAUAUGAGACAAUACAGUGUAUAUUGGGUUUAAGGCCAACCUUAUGCUAAAAACACUAUUCCAAAAAUACAUCAAGCCCAAGCAUUUUUGUCCACGUGCUUUUUGUACAUUUGCAAGAAACUACCUUUCUUUAAAUACUUUUAUUUGUAUAUGAUGCUCCUAGAUUUGUAUUUUGAAAACAAGUUUUUGUUUAGAUUUUGUUAAAGUCACAUAAUGCCCAUUUCUUUUUACUGUUAAGCUGUUAUAAAUAGUCCCAUGUUUCAAGUACAAUGGCAAAAUUUAACGACAAAAUGGCAUUUCAUUAUUUUGGAGUUAUUUUGAAUUUUACCUCAACAUCUACCAAUUUCAUGGGCAUAAUGUCACUUUAAGACAUCAUUUUCUUUCAAAAUUUCUAAAGAACUGAACUACAGAAAAAAGAAAUUAAUUAUCCAUUGACAUAAGGAUUGUAGAUGUUCAUAAUGAAAUUUUUCUGUAACAAAAUAAAUUAUACAAAAUGUUUAAAUGUCACAGAUAUGAGAUAUGCAUGAUUUUUGUUGUUAAAUACAUACUUUUGUUAAGCACAAAUAAGCAAUUACAAAUCAAAAUGCUAAAUGUUUUUUUUAUAGUUCAUAUACAAAGAAGUGAAUGCCAAAUGUAAUUUAUAGUUCAUAUACAUAGAAGUGAAUGCUAAAUGUUAUUUAUAGUUCAUACAAUAAGAAGUGAAUGCAAAAUGUUAUCUAUUUUAUUAAUUCAAAGUUCUUAUACUGCAACGAAGUGAAAGCAACAUGUUCUUUAUAGAUCAUAUAGAUCUACAAAGAAGUGAAUACUUUAUGUUAUUUAAAGUUCAUACUUGGCGUAUAAAUUUGAGAGAGAAAAAAAGGCUAUAAAUUUUUUUUUGUUACUUUAUAAAUGUGUAGCAAUUCUAUCAAACACUACAUUUCAACCAAUACUGGUUGCAUCUAAAAUUGUUUAUUUGCAUGAUUUUACUUUAAUGGUGAUUUAUAAGCCAGUCCAUUGGUGGUGGGGUUUUGGUUGCAUUUAUGAAUGUACGGUAUGUGUGUGUUCAUAUUACCCUUAUACACCAUUAUUUUACAUAUUUAAUCACUUUGGAAACUACGGGACUUUCUAUAUAUAUUUCACAUUGUCGUUAACAGUUGCUUCAGUGGAAAAGUUAUGCAAAUGGCAAAAAAAGUAUAGCAUUCAUUGCUCAAGCAAUGUUUCAAGAUGCAUUUUUUACUUGCCAUUAUUGUAAGAGUAAGCUAUUUUCCUCUUUGCUUUUCAUUAUUUAUUCAUUAUUUUUCCACGUAUGAUACAUAUUCAUAAUUAAUGUUUUACUUAUUUACAGAUUUAUUUGUAACUAUGUAUAAUUUUUUUAUUUAGGCUACGUGCCUAUAGACAUGACAAGAUCUACAGUUCUGAGCAGAUCCUACUAGCUUAUGUUAACAUUUCAGGGUUAAAACAAUUUACAAUGCCGAAUCAUGUACCAUCUGCAAUGUUUUUAAAUAUGUUGUUGACCUAUAUCUAAAAAAUUGGGUUUAAAGGAAAGCACUAGUAUUUAUGCCCAUAAACAUUUAUUUCACCGCAAUACAUUUAUGUUGCGUUCAUGAGUGAUUUGAAAUAAAAGUGUAAAACCGAA